AGCAAAUGCCAUUACCACUUUCUUUUCUUUUUUUUCCUAAUUUAGUUUAAUUUAUUUUUUUAGUUGCAAAACUUAAGAAUGACAAAAUCUAGAAGCAGCUUGAUGUUCCUUCUUGUUUGGUUCAUCUUUGUGUCACAUCAAAUUGUAUCAGUAGUUUGUGAAACAGGGCAAUACAUUGACGACGAAGAAGAGAAAACAUCCUUCUUCCAUGUCGUAUCAAGCACCAUUUCUUCCUUGAAGAAAUCUCAUCUUACUUCUUGGGAAAAGAUCAAAACCCUUGUCCAUGGCCUCCAGCUCAAGUUCACCCCACCUAAUCUAGAUUUUAGAGCUCCAGGCACAGGCACAACUGGGGUUUCUGAAAGUGCUGGGGAGGAUACAAUAAAAGGGAUCAAACAAACAGGCACAACUGGAGGUUCUGAAAGUGCAGGAGAGAAUAUUAAAGAAGCGGCCAAGAAAAGUGUUGACGCAGGCAAAGAGACGGUCGAAAAAACUGCGAAAUCUGCUGCAGAUGCUGUCCACCACACUGCUGAGAAACUCAAAGAGACUGUCUCUGAUAAUAAAGGAUCUCGUGAUGACCUCUAAAUCUCAUUUCUCAGUCUCUCUAGUACUCUUUUCAUAGUCUAUAUUUUUCGACUUGGAUGUUUGAUGAUUUCAUACCAAAACUUUGUUUCAUCUUCUGUUAUUGUUGAUGGAUGCACCUACUAACUUGGACCAAAUUAAUGGGAAUAAUCAAAGUAUUACUUUUUUUUCUUA